UUCGUCGUGCGACGCAACAGUCGUAAACACGACCCUUCCUUUUUUUUUUUUUUGGUCGGUGUUCCUCGCGUUUCGAGCACGCCUGUACGGGGUGAACCGAACGUCUCGUAGGGUGAGACGCGUCGCGAUUCUGCGGCGUUGACGUUCUCGCGUGAGUUUACGCGAGCCGAAAGAUGAUGGUUACGGCGGUGACACCGCGACUCGGCAUCUCGUGAUAUCGUAAAAUUCACGACUCGAUGGUAUGCGGUGACGUCAUCCGAAUCUGCUCUGGAAGGAUCCAGCAAGACAAUGGCGGAUUUGUACGCGCAAUACAGCUGCACCUAUUGCCGAGAGGACAUCGCGGGUCUACGUGUCAAGUGCAUCGAGUGCCCCGAAUUCGACCUUUGCUUGCAGUGUUUUUCCGCCGGUGCUGAAAUUGGUCAACACAAAAAUAAUCAUGCUUAUCAAUUUAUGGACUCUGGUACGAUCAGUAUAUUCAAUGGUCGUGGUAACUGGACAGCCAGAGAACAGCUGAGACUCCUAGAUGCGAUCGAACAGUUUGGAUUCGGAAACUGGGAGGACAUCAGCAAACACAUCGAGACGCGUACACCAGAAGAAGCGAAAGAAGAAUAUAUUGCAAGGUAUCUUAAUGGUAACAUCGGAAAACAUACAUGGCCACCUACAGAUAGCUACGUACCAAAUCUUACGGAUCAGACGAAGUCUGAUCAUGGUCCUCUAUCACCUGACCUCACAUCUAAAUUACCACCAUUGGAUAUCACUCCAGAAGAAGCUGCGCAACUGGGGUACAUGCCCCAACGAGAUGAUUUUGAAAGAGAUUACAAUCAUGAGGCUGAAUCUCUCGUAUCUUCAUUGUUCCUGAAUCCUGCCGAAGACGAUGAUCUUGAUAUUGCACUUAAACUAGCACAAGUUGAUAUGUACACUAAUAAUCUCAGAGAGCGAGCCAGACGAAAACGCGUCGUGAGAGAUUACCAGCUUGUGUCGGCUUUCUUUGCGUCAUCCAGGAGAGAUAAAGGAAUAAAGAAAAAAUGGACGAAAGAAGAAAAAGAAUUUAGGGACAGAAUGCGUGUAUUCGCACAGUUUUACACAGCACAAGAGCACGAACAGUUCCUAACAAAUCUCGAGAGGGAAAAAAAAAAAAGAGAAUUGCGCUUACGGCUCUCGGAGCUUUAUCGAUAUCGUGAGAACGGCAUUACGAGACAUGAGGAAUGCGCUCAUUUCGAGCAAGUUCUUGCACAAACUCAGAGACAAAAUGAUACAGUGGAUCAUUGGAGUGAAAAGAAAUCUGGCAGCAGUGGGCAGUCCACACCAAUACACCGCAGCACCUCAAAAAGAAGAGAAGAAGAAAAAAAUUACGCUUCCAUAGACCGAAAAUACACUGUAAAGCAAGAUUUAGUCAACUCCACAGUCAGUCAAGCCAAUCACAAUCGGACGACGACUCCAGCCAAUCAGUGGGCGGAGUCGGAUAGCAAUCCAAAUACUUCCAAUCAGUCGACUUCCAGCCCCAGUUCUUUACACGAAAAAAGUUACAACAGUGGUACCACUAUCCAAGAGCGAGAUAUAGAAUUGGAGGCUGCGUCUCAUCUUUUAACGAAGCAAGAAAAAUCCUUAUGUAUUCAACUUGAUCUAAAGCCGACUCAGUAUUUGACGCAAAAGACAUUGUUAUUACAAGAAUAUUUAACCGGUAAUAGGAGAUUGAGUAUUGUACCUCAAUCAGAACCAGAAAGCAAAAUUCUUCAUUAUUUAGUAACUAACGGUUGGAUUACAGCCAAUUGAUCAAACGUGUAAAAAUUUACGAUUUUUUACCACUCUAAGUCAUUUCUAAUCUUAUAAGCUAAGUCUUAGAUAUAAUUAAAAUUUUUAAGUCUGAUUCAGAGUUAAAUGUAAAGCAGAUAGAUAAAGACAAGAAACGGAAGAACAGAACGCAUAUGUGUAUAGUAGUUACGUUGUUACUGAUCCUUUUACAUAGGGAUAUUGCUAUAAUAUAACGUGAUCUAUAGUUCAACGUAGGAUCAGAUAGAUUCACAAUCAGGCGCAAUUUACGUGUUUGACGUCUGAUAAAUCUAGCAAUGGCUUGCGUUCAACACAGAAAACUGAUCAGUCAACGCUCAAUAAUUCUUUAAUAUGAUUGAUUCCUACCCUUAGAUCCAGCGAAGAACUAAAGCCGAAUCAAUCACAUUAAAGAAUCGUUGAGUGUUCACUGAUCAAUUUUCUCUCUUGAACGUGGCUGGAGAGUUCAGGGCCGAUUCUAUAAAAUCUUAGCAAGUGUUCAAUUGCUUCUUUAUCAUUUUUUUUUAGACUGAUUUUUAUUAUAGCAUGACUAUAAAUAUCGAGAAUAAUAAACAAUUUAAUUAAUUGCAACAAACAUUGACAAAUGUUUGAUGAUAACAAAAUGAGAAUCGACCCUUAAAAUAUUUUACUUAUUUCCAAUUGAAUUUAAACGAAUCUCUUAACACUGCCUACGUAGAGCCAUUGAACGUAUUGCUCAAUUAAUUCUUCCAUUGUGUUAUGUUCAUAUGUAGACAUGCCUGUUGAGCACUUUUCUUUCUGUUUUAAAUGUUAUCAUAUUCGACAAUAAGGAAAUAUCAAGAUUAUUCACAAUGACUACGUUCAGCAGAAAUUCUUCAAUAUGAUUGGUUCUUUUGAUUCUUUAUGGAUCUAAAUGUAUAAUUCAACUAUAUUGAAGAAUUUUACAACAGAAUACGAGCGUGGUGUAGCUGAUAGCGUACUGGUCUGUUAUACUAGAAAUUCUGGUUCGAUCCCCGGCAGAAUCGAAAAUUUUCGUACGCUCGUACCUCCUCUCGGAAGGCAAAUCACCGAGUAGUAUACUCUUGCCCAAGAAACCUCCCUAUCAAAAAUUAACGUUCGGAAUCGACGUUUAAACUGUAGAUCUCUAUAUACCUUGUGUACGAUCAGUGUGCAUGCAAAGGUAUAUGAGAGGGAGGCGCCUAUGCGCUGAUAACAGCGUAUGGCACUUGAAUAAGAAGACAACAGUUGCACAGCUACUUUCUCUGCUGAACGUAGCCAUUGUUUUCAAAUUAUAAAAUUGU